GUAACAGUCGUCAUAUCUCUGAAAGGGCGGUGACUGACGUUACUGUUGCAUGCAAGCAGAAAUCUUAAGGAAUAUGGUGUUUACAAGACUGCAUUGAGAGUCUUGUCGUUGUAUCUGAUUGUUUUCAAUACAUUGUUCCGUCGUCGUUGGAAAAAAGAAAGUAAUCUCACGUUCUGAAUAGCUUUUUAAAGGCGUCGGGCAGGAAAAAAUAUGGGGAAUUGCUACACGGUAGGACCAAACGAAGCCUUGGUGGUGUCAGGUGGCUGCUGUGGCUCUGAUGAGAAGACCUAUACAGUGGGCGGCUGGGCCUGGGCAUGGUGGCUUAUCACCGACAUACAGAAGAUAACCCUUGAGAUUAUGACCCUGCAACCCAAGUGUGAGGAUGUAGAGACAGCGGAGGGGGUAGCUAUUACUGUCACAGGUGUGGCACAGGUGAAGGUCAUGAAUGACAAAGAGCUGCUGGGUUAUGCCUGUGAACAGUUCCUGGGGAAGACAGUGGUAGAGAUUAGAAGUGUCAUUCUGCAGACGCUGGAAGGUCACCUGCGCUCUAUUCUGGGGACUCUGACGGUGGAGCAGAUCUACCAGGAUAGGGAUCAGUUUGCCAAGCUGGUGAGGGAGGUGGCAGCACCCGAUGUGGGCAGAAUGGGCAUCGAGAUCCUAAGCUUUACUAUUAAGGAUGUCUAUGAUAAGGUGGACUAUUUGAGUUCCUUGGGGAAAUCCCAGACUGCUGCUGUUCAGAGAGAUGCUGACAUUGGCGUGGCUGAAGCAGAGAGAGAUGCUGGAAUCAGGGAAGCAGACUGUAAGAAGGAGAUGAUGGAUGUGAAAUUCCAAGCCGAUACAAGAAUGGCAGACUCAAAGAGAGAGCUGGAGAUGCAGAAGGCUGCCUUCAAUCAAGAAGUGAACACUAAGAAAGCUGAGGCGCAAUUGGCCUAUGAGCUUCAGGCAGCCAAGGAGCAGCAGAAGAUCAGACUGGAGGAGAUUGAGAUCGAGGUGGUUCAAAGGAAAAAGCAGAUCACCAUUGAGGAAAAGGAGAUCCUAAGGACAGAUAAAGAGCUGAUCGCCACUGUGAGGAGACCAGCUGAGGCUGAAGCCUACAAGAUGCAGCAGCUCGCUGAGGCACAGAAGAUAAAGAAGGUGUUGAUGGCACAGGCUGAAGCAGAGAAGAUCAAGCGUAUUGGAGAAGCAGAGGCCGGCUCCAUUGAGGCUGUGGGUAAAGCUGAAGCAGAGAAGAUGAGGCUCAAAGCUGAGGCCUAUCAGCAGUACGGAGAGGCUGCAAAGACUGCCCUCGUCCUUGAGGCUCUGCCAAAGAUUGCUGCACAGGUGGCAGCACCCUUGAGCCGUACCAAUGAGAUUGUGAUCCUGAGCGGCGACGGUGGCCGUGUCACUGGGGAAGUGAAUCGUCUUUUGGCUGAACUACCUGUUUCUGUAAACGCCCUCACAUCCAAGGAUAAUACCAAUAUCCCUUUGCUUCAGAAGAUGUCCAAUCGUCAAGCUUGA